UUACUAUACUACGAUUGGCGGUUCCAAAACUUCGCACGGUCGUUUUCUCGAUCUGAGCCGAGAGAGAGUCCGGGGACUGAGAGGAGCGAAAGGGGAAGCAAGAUGUCGGGCAUGGGAGACGGGUAUGUGGGCACGGCCCAGGAUUCCGUUAGGAUCCGAAAGCUCGAGAAACAGAGGGAAGCCGAGCGCCGCAAAAUCCAGGAGCUCAAGGACAAGUCCGCCUCCGCCAAAGGCCAGCCGGGCCUCCUCCAGUUCGGUAAAAGUCGGGCCGAGAUUCUUGAGCACGCGUUUAAGAAGGAAACUGUGGGUUUGGUUACUAGGGAGGAGUAUGUUGAGAAGAGAAUUAAUAUUCGGACCAAAUUCGAAGAGGAAGAGAAGGAGAAACUUCAGAAGCAGCAGCAAGAGGAGGAGGAGCUUCAAUUAAAAAAGCGUAAACAGAGAAAGAUAAAGGGGAAUUCCCGGUUGUCAUUUGCGGAUGAUAUCGAGAAUGGUAGUGAAGAGGAGGAUGGUGAAAGUGAACCUUCACAAUCAAAGAGGCUUCGGCAUGGCAAAUUUGGUAAAGAUCCAACAGUGGAAACUAGCUUUCUGCCUGACAGUGAGCGGGAGGCAGAGGAACAAGCUGAGCGUGAAAGGCUACAGAGACAGUGGCUUCUUGAGCAGGAGCAGAUUCGAAGUGAGCCUCUUGAAAUUACAUACAGCUAUUGGGAUGGAGCUGGCCAUAGGCGGGGUAUUAAGGUGCACAAGGGGGUUACAAUAGGAGAGUUUCUUCGAGCUGUUCAGCAGCAACUUGCACCCGAGUUUCGAGAAAUUCGAACCACCUCAGUGGAGAAUUUGCUUUAUGUGAAAGAAGAUCUUAUCAUUCCCCAUCAGCAUAGUUUUUAUGAUCUAAUCAUUAACAAGGCCAGGGGCAAAAGUGGACCGCUUUUCCACUUUGAUGUGCAUGAGGAUGUGCGAACAACUGCUGAUGCAACGAUAGAAAAGGAUGAGUCUCAUGCCGGGAAAGUUGUUGAGAGGCACUGGUAUGAAAAGAACAAGCAUAUUUUUCCUGCUUCAAGAUGGGAGAUAUAUGACUCCACAAAAAAAUGGGAGCGUUAUACCAUCCAUGGGGAAUGAUUUGAUCAUUUUUCGCAUGGAAAAUGAUUUACACAAUAUUUUUCACAAUACAUUUCACAACAAUGUGUUAAAUGAUGGGUAUUUUUAUAAAUCACCUUAUAAAAAUAACAUCAUUUUACAAGAAUACUUUUAUCUUACAAUAUUAUUGUGAAAUGAAUUGCAAAAAAUGUAUUGAGUUUAUCAUUACUCCCCCACAUCUACGGGAUCCAGCUUUUGUACUUUUUUGGAAGCAGUGGAACCUGGUUUUGUCGACAGUUUCUUGGGCUCAAUUCUUGUACUGUUAUUCGAAUGUUUUAGAUUGAGUUACCUAGUAAAAAGGAAAAUGGGAUUGGCAAGUUCCUUUACUAUCUGAUAGUUUAUGAUUAGAUCCUGUAAAUGUUUGUUUGAGAGAUUUGUAUAGUUGCAGUUAUUAUUGCAGCAUUCAUUGUUCUCCCACAA